AUGCAGGUACCGUUGCUCCGUCUUCAGUGUGGUGUCAACAGCUAUGACUGGGGCAAGAUUGGCCAUGAGUCGGCUGCCGCAAAGUAUGCCGCCAUUACUGCAGGCUCCGAUUUCUCCAUAGAAGCAGAGAAGCCCUACGCAGAGUUGUGGAUGGGCACCCAUCCUUCCCUUCCCUCCAAAGAUGUCGAAACCCAGCGAACCCUCCUCGAUAUGGUUCAAGAUAACCAAGCAUUGAUCUCUCAGGAAGUGAGCGAGCGAUAUGGCGGAAAAUUGCCUUUCCUUUUCAAGGUCCUUUCUAUUCAAAAGGCUCUCAGUAUUCAAGCCCAUCCGAAUAAGAAACUGGCCGAAAAGCUUCAUGCCCGGGAUGCCCGAAACUAUCCAGAUGAUAAUCACAAACCCGAAAUGACGAUUGCGAUCACCCCGUUUGAAGGACUGUGCGGCUUCCGACCGCUGGCCGAAAUUGUUCACUUCCUUAACGCAGUCGCCCCUCUCCGCGAGCUAGUCGGCACGCAAGCAGCGAAUCAAUUCGAGAGUGUUGUCAAGGGCUCCGAAGAUUCGCAAGAUUCUGCCCAAAUGGCGAAGAACAAGGACGCGCUACGUGCCCUAUUCACAUCGCUAAUGAACUCAUCACCGGAAAGCAUUGAGGCAGCCACCCAGAAGCUGAUCUCCGCGGCUCAGGAUUCUCCUGAUACAUUUGCUACAUCUACCAGCACUCCAGAGACGAAUCCGAGCAACCCUGCCGAAUUGGCUGCCAUCAUUGCUCGGCUUAACGGGCAAUUCCCUAACGACAUCGGGCUAUUCGUAUUCUUCUUCCUAAAUUUUGUCAAGCUGGCACCGGGCGAAGCCAUGUUCUUGAAGGCUGACGAUAUCCAUGCAUACAUCUCUGGAGAUAUCAUUGAAUGCAUGGCGUCGUCUGAUAAUGUUGUGCGGGCGGGCUUCACUCCCAAGUUCAAAGAUGUUGAUACACUCACCGAGAUGCUGACAUACUCCUAUGCGCCAAUUGAGGAGCAAAAACUGGAGCCCACCGAUUAUCCAUAUGCCGUUCUCAAUGCCUCCGCCUAUUCUAGUGGCUCAUCGUCUGUUCUCUACGACCCGCCCAUUGAAGAAUUCAGUGUUGUCAAAACGGAUCUGAAGAGGGCUGGAGCCAAAGCAACCUUCGACGCACUGGUGGGUCCCAGCAUCCUGAUAUGCACAGGUGGAAAUGGGAAGAUCACGGUUGGCCACAAGACUGAGGAAGUGAAGGAAGGCUAUGUGUUCUUUGUAGGAGCCAACGCCGAGUGUAUCGUCGAGAGUACGGGCAGUGGAGAGGAGAAUGUGUUCACCACAUAUAAGGCAUUCUGUGAUCUGACGGGCAAGGAGGAUAUGGUGAACGGAAACUAG